UUUAAACACCAGAAUGUUCAAUCACCGAGGGUUGGAGCCCAGGAAGGAGUGAGGCAGGGAGAGGGAUGGGAGUUUAUUGAAAGGGCAGUUGCCUCCCUCUCCUCUGCGCAUGAUUUCUUCACGCCCCUUCUCCAACCGCCCUUUCUUCUCGUUCUCGCAAGAAAAAGAGCGAAAAAAGAAAAUAAAUUAAAAUACGGAGUAUAAUGAAAAUGAAACCAUUUUCAUCGAUCGACUGUAAGUAGGGUCGUUGUUAAAUAUUCAGGGCGCUGUUCGGUUGCUGUUACUGCUAGCAUUCAUCAUUCAUGAUUUCUGCUUCUGGAACUGUUUUUACUUUGAACUGCGGAGUAUAUCUUUAUUGUUAAAUAGGCUGUGAUGAUAUGUUCUUCUGUUUGUUCUCCUUCCUGGGCUCUACUAUAUUGAUUGAGGCAUUGGAGGACCAGAUCCGUAACUUGGCGGGGCAAACCGGAAAUGGGCCCGGAUUUUGCAGCCAUGGCGGUCUCGGCUUCCCAUCGCCUCUGGGAACAACAGAUCUGAGCCUCUAACAAGGAUUUUUCUUUGAAAUUCCAUUACAAACAUAAGCAGUUUUUUCUAGCAUGCGAAAAUCAAAAUUAUAAAUUUUUGGUAUAUUUUGUCUUUUAUUUUGUCAUUUAUCUACAGAUCCGAGUAUGAUCCCAUAUAAUUCCUCUUGAUAUAUACUUGCAACACUGUGUUUUGUUAGUAUCAGUAAAAAUUGAUUACCAUGGUGGGGAGUUCCUGGGAUGUUUCCACCAUUUUUGUAUCAAUCUAUUAGCUCAUUCCCAGACAAGACCCUUAUCAAUGUAGUUCAGUUUGGUUGAAUGUUAUGGCUCCACUGUUCAUGAGUAUAGCUGUUAAAUGUUUAAUUUCUUGCCAAUCCAAUCAUGCAAGUGUGAAUUGUGCUUAGUGGGCUAUGUUAUUUAUUGAACAUGCCUUUGAAGCUAUUUCAACAAUGACCCAGUCAAAUGAAAAUGAAAUUGAUGUUGGCUAAUCUGUUAAAUGUUUAAUUUCUUACCAACCAUGUAUGUUUGCAUUGAACAUGCCUUGAAACUAUUUCAACAAAUACUGAGUUAAAUGCAAGUGAUCUUUACAAAUCUGUUAAAUGUUAAAUUUCUUGCCAAUCAUGUAAGAUUGCAUUGUGCUAAAAGGUUUAUACGAAGUAUUAUUUAUUCAACCUUGAAACGAUUUCAAUAAUUACUGAGUCUUUGAAAUCUAAAAUUUAGUUCAACACAUUUUUCUUUUGGUGUAUGAAUAGAGUACAUGGAUUUUCCUUGCAGCAUUGAUCUCAUAUUACAAAGUAGAUUCAUCAUAAUUCAUAAGCAUCAUAUUUGUGUUUGAAGGUGUAUUAAAGUACGGAGUUUAUAAUUGCGUUGUUCACCUUUUAUAAAGUUAGUUUUUAAAUCAUGGCCCAAAUAGAAAGAAAAUACAACACGCUAUUGCGUGCAAAAUAAUACUACGACCAAAAUGUCAUUUUUUAAAGAAGGAACUCCAUUAUUUAACUAAACAUGAAUAUGAACUAAAGCCUCAUUUUUAAAUGACGGAAGAACAAAAUAAGAGCCCCGUUUGUUGACACUAAAAUUGGCUGUAUUGGUUGAUUCUGUUGAAAGUUAUGAAGUUCUGGCCGAAGUGUCUGUAUUGGUUGAUUCUGUUGAUUCAUGAAAAAAUUAUUAUAUUUAAAUUAUUUUUUAUUAAUAAAUAAAAUAAAAAAUUAUAUGAAAAAAUAGCUAAAAUGAUCCUCUACAGUAACUUCAUCCAAUACAGCCAGAAAAAUAACUUCAACUUUACUUUUACGUUUAUUACACAAUUCAGCGCGCAAAAUAAUAAAAAUUACGUAUCUGGUGAAAAAGAUGGCUGUUAAGUCUGAUAAGCCAAAAAAUGGUUACCAAACGGACUCUAAGUUAACUUUCAUUCUUUUAAUAUGGGUUGCAGGCAGCAGGGCAGGUUGCUCCAGGCAGCCACAGGUCAGACCGCCUGAGGAUGGCAAAACUCAGUAUUUCAGCAGAGAAAUUGAAAAUGUCCAAAACUUGAGCAUAAAUUUUAUCAAGUGGAAAAAUGGGAGUUUAACACCGAAAAGAAGCACUUCAUGAAGCCGCCCAAAUCUUGAUUGAUUUCUUUAUUCCUUUUUUCCAUAUGGAAGAAGAAAACUUAUAUUUAGCGGAUGCGGAACACAAAAUUCCCCUAUCCUCCCUUAUCUUUUAUAAUAAAGUGACUAAACUUAUAAAAAAAAAGAAACUUUCAUUGAAAUUAAUUUUUAUUGACCAAUUAGAAUUCCCUCCCAAGAUAUAUAAUUGCUUGAAAAAGUCAAAUAUAUUUACAUUAUUUGAUCUUUUUAAUCACAAACAAGAAUAUCUUUUAAAAAUAGAACAUUUUCAACUAGAAGAUAUAAAAAACAUAUUGGGGAUUCUAGGAAAAUAUUUUGUACUUUAUUUAUAAGAAACUUCGGUUUAAUUAAUAAAUUAAUAAAAAAACUUUUUAUAAAAUAAUUUUUAGUCUAGAAUUUCAUCAUUUUAUUUUCAUCACUAUGAAUUAAGAGUUUCAUAUUCAAAAUACGAAAUAUUAAAAAAUAUCAAAAAUGAAUCGAAAAAUUCAUGAAUAUGAAUUUAGGUGUAUCUAGGAAGAACUUUGAAGAAACGCUUCCCUAGAUACACAAGCUUUGGUUUUUUAAAAUUGAAUUAAAACUCCACCAAACAAAUUUAAAAAAGACCUAAAGUGAGA